CAUCACAGAGUGCAGGGUGUUACAGAGGACUCCAGCUUCAUCGUGUUCUCCUGGCUAGUUCCACACCGAGCCAGGGCUCCACGGGAGAGGAUAAAGCACUGAAGGUGCAGUGAAAAUUAAAUGUCGAUAAAAGUUGAUUAGGAAGAAGUUUCCAAACCAACCGGGCAAGUUUUCAACAUUGGAUUAGGUGUUUCGAGAAAGACUCACAGGAGUGUGCAAGAUCUCCUGUGAAUAUCAGAGGAUGGUCAACCUUCCACUAUUUCUCGAAUAUUCUGCAUGAGUAUGGGUUAAUUCAAUAUCAGCGGAUCUUAUAACAAUUCAAAAGGAGGCACUUCAUGAGGAGGUAAAACCAUUUCUAUGAAUUAAAGAGGGACAUCACAGCGACCUCGCCUCAGUCUAAAGCCUACAUGGAGUCUGUUGUCCAGGGUGGAGUAACCAAGGAACUCAAGAUGUCCGAGAUGGUGGAAUUAAUUGUGGAGACAGCGGCCGAAGCUAGAGUGACAGGAUUUAGUGUGUCUGGUGGAGGCAAAGAAGGAAUCUUUAUCAAGGAGGUGCUGAAGGAUUCAAGGGCUGCGAAAGCACUCAAUCUGAAAGAGGGAGAUCAGCUUCUCAGUGCUAAGGUCUUCUUUGACAAUGCCAAGUACGAGGAUGUGCUGAAGAUUCUCCAGAGUGCUGAACCAUACAAAGUCGCCUUCUGCCUGAAACGAACAGUGCCCAGUGCUGAUGUGGCCAUUUCAUCAGAGACCGGGAGCAUUGAACUGAAAGGGCCAGAAGCCAAAAAGACUAAACUGAGUAUCAAGAGCAUUUCGCCUGUCAAAAAAACCAAGAGGUUAAUGAAGGGGAAGGUCCUCAGCAAGGAAGAGGCAGACGUCGAACUGGAUGUGCCAGUGGACGUAGAGUUUGCGUUCCCUAAAUUCUCCACGUUUAAGAGACUGACUAUCACUUCCCCCAAGGAGGCAGCAGCUUUGAAAGGUGACGCCAAGUUCAUUCAUCCCGAGGCAGAAGCUGAACUCACUUUGGGAGAGAGUCAGGUCAAAGACAAGAAGAGAAAGCUCAAGUUCCCGGGGUUCUGGACUGGAGAGUCAGGGAAGGCCAAGCUCGACAUCCUGGAGCCUCCAAAGGAAAAAGGUGCUAUCUCGGUGAAGAAGCCACAGGUCACAACAAAAGAGCUCGAAGGCACUGGGGUGGAGGUGAAGGCCGGAGCUAAGGUGCCCGCUCUCGAGUUCUUGUCUGAAAAGAGAAAGGGGAAAGUAGAUGUCCCCACUUCCAAAAGUAAAACUGAACUCAAGGUGUCUGGUGGAGCGGACGUGUCUGCUGAAGGAGAAAUUCCUGAAGGUAAAUUGAUCCUCGGGCUCCCAGCAAAAACCCCUCAGGUUGAGAUAGAUAUUGGCUUACCGAAAGCUCAAAUCGAUGUCAAAGGCCCAUCGGUUGAAGACGAGGCGAGUGCUAAAGGGCCCGGUUUUAAGCUGAAGAUGCCGUCAUUCGGGCUGAAAGAUAGCGAGGCCAUGGAAACAACAGGUCCCGCUGGUAAAGUGGAAAAACGCGAAACUGAAGGUGAGGUAGCUGGCCCAGAGGACAAACUGAAGAUGCCUCAGAUAUCGAUGCCCAGCAUUGACAUCUCUGUACCAAAACUAAAACAAACAGAAGAAUUGGACAUGCCUAAACGAGGUGUAGAAGUUGUCGUUGGUACUUAUAAAACAGAAGGCUUGGAGGGAAGAGUUAAAGAAUUUGCUCACAAAAUCAAAACAUUUGAUGUUGCAGCCUCCAACGUCAAGGUGCCUGAUAUUGACAUCAGCCUGCCAAAGGGGAGAGCUGAUGUUUCAGCUGACGUUAAAGCUGCAAAGUUUGAGGGUGAAAUCCAGAAAUCAAAGAUUGGUAUCGAAGGACCAGAGGUCAAGUUGAAGAUACCAAAAGUAUCGCUCCCAGACUUUGGCAUCUCUGUCAAGGACGAAGAAGGUGGGGAAGUGGAAGUUGAAGGCCCUGAUGUCAAAGGUCCAGUGUUAAAGAUCCCAAAAUUUGAAGUCUCACUUCCCAAAAUGAAACUGGGAGAGGCAGAAGUUGAUGGCUCCCCACCAACAGCUGAGGCACGUGUGAAAGUUCCUGUGUCCGAGGUACAGGUUUCCAAAGCCAAAGCGGACAUCAAGGGCCCUCAAGUGGAAGGAGGUGAGGCAAAAAUUAAACUGCCCUCAAUGAAAAUGCCAACCAUUGACAUUACAGCGCCAAAGGUAACAAUUCCAGAUGUUCACCUCCCAACUGCUAAAGUAGAGGUCUCUGCUCCAGGCAUUACAGCUGACUUGAAAACACCCAAAGUCAGCAUUGGAGGGCCAAGGGUUGAUGGGCAAGGGCCUGAAGAGAGUUCUGAGGGAUUCGACCUGAAGAUGAAAAUGCCGAAAGUAUCCCUCCCGAAGUUUGAUAUCUCGGUUGGUGGCAAAGAGGCCGAGGCAAAAGUGGAUGGAAAACUGGAAGUAGCUGGUGAAGACGCCAAGUUCAAAGGAAUGAAGAUCCCCAAAUUUGAAGUGUCUCUGCCCAAAAUGAAACAUGCAGAAGCUGAAACUGAGCUUCCAGCUGAAGCGGCUGUAAGUGGCCCCGGCCUUGAUUUGAUUGGAAAACUGCCGUCCAUCAAAAUGCCAACAAUUGACAUUUCAGCCCCCGAGAUUAAGAUGCCUGAGAUGAAUGUGCACCUUCUGACGGAGAAGGCAGAGGUCUCAGUGCCAGCUGUCGAAGGUGGCGUCAAGCCUCCGAAAGUUGGCAUUGGAGCCCCAAAAAUCGACAAGCAACCUUCUGAAUUGACUCCAGAGGCCCUCGAUCUGCAGUUGAAGAUGCCAAAAGUGUCUCUGCCGAGCUUCGGCCUAUCAUCCAGUAGUAAAGAGGUGGCAGGGGAAAUGAGUGGCCCUGAGGUGGAUGUUAAGGGGAAACUGCCAUCAGUCAAAAUGCCAACAAUUGAUAUCUCAGCGCCUGAGGUCAAAAUACCCGAGCUGGACAUUGAUGUCUGCCUUCCGAAAGAAAAAGGAGAAACUGCUGAGCUUGCUGUCAGAGCGGAUGCUAAGGUCCCUGGUGUUGGCUUUAAAUCACCAAAGGUUGCAGGGGAGAGCAAAGUGCCUGGAAUUACCCCAGGAGGCACUGAUGCUACAUUUCAAAUGCCAAAGGUAUCAUUUCCAAAGUUUGAAAUUUCACUGAAGAGCAAAGACGGCAGAGAAGACAUUGAUGUGAAGGCAAAGGAAGGGUUGGACGUUGAAGAUCCAGAUGGGAGAGUAAAGAGUCCACAGCUUAAAAUGCCCAAAUUGGCAGUGGCUCUUCCUAAGAUGAAAUCAGGUGAAGUUGACAUAACUGGCCCAACAAUUGAGGCCGACACCAAAACUGACAAACGAGACGCAAAAAUCUCAAAGGGUAAAGUUGAGGUGGAAGGAGUUGGAAGUUCAAAGGAUAAACUGAAACUGCCUUCAAUGAAAAUGCCAUCCAUUGACAUUCCCACCUUUCAGAUGGAGGGCCUAAAUAUUGACAUCAGUCUUCCUUCAGUGAAAUCAAAGCCAGCUGCUGAAGGCGAUUUGAAGUCAGACAGAGGUAGUAUUGAAGGAGCUGAAGCCAAAUUGAAAAUACCCAAAGUGUCUCUGCCAAACUUUGCUUCAAAGAGCAAAGUGGACACAGAGGCAGAUGGCAGCCCGUUGAAAGGUGACGGAAAAGCAUCUCCGCCAGAAGCAAAGGGUAAAGUUCAAGUCAAAGGUAAAUCCCUCGACAUUGGGAUCAAAGGACCUUCUGUCGAUGUAGAUGUUGAUGACGUAAAGCUAAAAGGGAAGGAAGGCAAGCUUAAAAUGCCCAAGUUCAAAAUGCCGACAUUUGGAACACCCAAAAAAUACGAAGAGGGUGUUGACAUCGCCACCCCUGAUGUUGAAACACACACUUCGAAAGGCAAGCUUAAAGUUAAGGGAGCAGAAGUGGAAACAGGGACCCCAAAGGGAAAAGGCAGGAUUUCCAAAUUUGGGAUUUCGGGGUUUAAAAGCAAAUCUUUAGAUGCUGAAGUGAGUCUUUCUUCAGACACUAAGUUGUCAAAGGGGAAAGUAGAGAUGAAAGACCCCAGUGCCAGUAUGAAAGCACCUAAGGUGGACAUCAGCACUAAGGCCCCUGAUCAGAGCACUGGAGCCCCUGAUAUCAAACUGAAGAUACCUUCCUUCUCAAUGCCCUCCAUUGGUAUAUUGGGAUCAAAAGCAGAAGCAGACAAGGAAGUGGGUACCAAAGCCACUUCUGGCACUUUUGAUGCCGAAGCAGAAAGCAAGUUGAAAAUGCCAAAUAUACAGAUGCCAGCGAUUGAAAUUUCAGUGCCUCAGGUAAGGCAGGCAGAUGCCGAGGGACUGUUGCCAAGGGCAGAGGUCGAUGUCUCAGAAGUCGACCUGAAAACCUACGGGGGAGAUUUAAAGAUUCCAAAGGUGAAAGGUGAGGCGCAGGACUCGGAAGGGAAACAGAAGGUUCCGUUGGUGAAAAUGCCAUCCAUUGACAUUUCAUUGCCCAAAGUAAAAGCUCCAGACGUUGACCUCAGUUUGUCUGUGCCCAAGGUUGAUGCCUCAGGGCGAAAGGUUGAAGGUGAGGCUACUUUAUUAAGCUCUGAACCUGAAGAUGGAGAAUUCAAACUGAAAAUGCCCAAGAUUGGAAUGCCCAAGAUUGGGAUAUUUGAGUCAAAGGAGAAAGAGACUGGUGUUGAUAUUUUGGCUACUACAGAUUAUCACAUAGGGGACCCUGAAGGUAAAGGGAUAAUGUUCAAAACUAGAAUGCCUAAAGUUGAUCUUUCUCUACCCAAAGUUAAACCAUCAGAAGCUGAUAUUGAGAUGGAUGCCUCUCUGCUUGAGGGUGAGGGACUUGAUGCAGAAGGAAAAUUCAAAAUGCCAGCAUUUGCUCUUCCAAAGUUCUCACCACCGAAAAUGGUGGCUCCAGAGUUGGACCUCAAUAUCCCGUUUUCCAAAGAUAAAAAGGUGGCUAGUGAGGCAACAGGCCCCAAAACUGAUACUCAGACUGCAGGGGGUGAAUUUCAAAUAAAGAUCCCACAGGUGUCUUUGCCUAGUUUUGGCAUUUCAUCAGCGGAAGCAACCAGCACUGGCGUGGACAUCCCAAUCGACAAAGCGAAACCGAAAGGAAAAAUAGAAGUUAAAACCGCUCGUGCGGAUGGAGGGACUGAAGUAGAAAGCCCUGAGGGGAAGACCAAAGGGGGCAAAAUCAAGAUGCCCAAGUUGCAAAUCAGCACUCCAAAGACAAAGGCUGAAGGGGACGUAUCUGCAGCGAAAGAGGUUGCUAAAUCUGACACGGAAACAGAGGGAGGAAUAUUGAAACUGAGCCUGCCAAAAUUUGGGAUUUCACCAAAAUCUACAGAGAUGGAAGCCAAUUUAGAGCAGCGUGGCUUGGAUGGGAACCCAAAAGAAUCCAAAGCCAAAGCGUCCAUGUUUGGCAUCUCACUUGGGAAAGGCCACAAGGGCGAGGGGAAUGCUAGUCUGGGAGUUUCUGGGGUGACCGAGGGGGACUUCGAAGCAAGUGGUGGCAGAAAGUCGGACAAGUUCAAGAUUAAGAUGCCGUCAGUUACCAUUCCCAGCCCAAAAGCGGACAUCGAUUUCGGCAGAGCUUCACCAAAAGGCAAAGUUACUGAUCAAGAGGCUAAAGCUGCAGUGAAAGAAGCAGGGGGAUUCCGGGUAAAAGGUGAGAUCCAGGCCCAGGAUGUGAGCUCAGAGAGUCCCGAGUCCCCAUUUAAAAUGCCCAAAUUGAGGAUGCCGGAUUUUAGCAUUUCCAGCAAGAAAGGUGGUGACGUGACGGCGGAAAUGAAGGAAAUGUCAGAAAGGGACACUCGCAGAUCGAAAGUUGAAGUGGAUCUUGAGGGCCCAGAGGCAGAAGCAGACGGGAAGCUCCAGAUGUUGAAGAUGAAGAUGCCCAAAGUUGAGAUUGGUUUGCCAGGAGAGGACUCAGACGGAACCAGAAAAGCAGAGGGUAAAGUCGGAGUGGACGCUCGGCAGAUUGGCCAAGAGCCUUCAGAAGAAAUAUCUGCCAAGGGGUUCUUUAAGAUGCCUACUGUUGAGAUUUCAACACCCAAGAUCAGAGAUUCAUCUGCUGGGGUGGAAGGAAGUGCCACUGAAAUUGGCCUCCAUCAACUGGGUGGCAGAGGAGGUCCACCAGAGGGUGAUGCCGAUGUUCUUCAGCUGAGGAUGCCCAAGAUUGAGCUGCCCUCGUUCGGCUUAUUGGAACCCAAAAAGGAAAGUCAGGAACAAUUGGGAGAUCGAAGCAGCACAGGGGCUACUGUGGGUUCCUCUGUGUCAAAGACUAAAAUAGACAUUCAAGGUCCGCAAGUGACCGUCAAAGGUUUGCAAGUUGAAAUGGAGGCGACAGGAGCAGAGCUGGACACUUCAGAAAGCAGACUGAGCAAACUCAAAGGGAAAAUGUCAAAGUUUGGUGUGGAGUUGCCAAAAGUCACACAGCAAGAGGAGGUGAAGGUGACCUCUGGUGCAUUUAAGGCUGAGGGCACAGCAAAGGGAAGUUAUACAUCACUUAAGGCUGACGUUGACUUGUCUGAUGCAGAGCUCACAGGAUCUGAAGCAAAGACAAAAACUGACAAAGCCAGAAAGCAGCUGCUUGGGUUUGGAAAGGCUAAAGUGAAAGGCAAGGACCUGACCGGCCAUUUACCAGAAGGAGACAUUAAAACGUCUUCACCCAAGGCCAAAGGACAGAGCAAAUCUCCGUCUGCGAAGGAGGACAUUGGCGUUGGAAUUCCAUCGGAGAGCGAUAGUGCAGUGGGCAAAGUGAAAAUGCCCAGUGUGAAGAUGCCGAGCUUUGGAAUCUCUCUGUCUAAAAGUAAAACUGUGGAGGUCAAUGGGGGUUUGGAGGCAGACAGGUCCACAAGAAAAGGAGAGGCCUGGGGGUUUCAAACUGCUCGGAAGAAGGCUGCAGGAGCUGAGGAAAGUGAUGACACAGAUAGCUCGGAUGGGAAAUCCAAAAUGAAACUGAAGUUGCCCAAGAUCAGUUUCACACCUGUUAAAAUACCCACAGUUGAUGUUGCUUUGGGUGGGCCUGAUUCACCUGUUGCAGGGAAACCAGGCGAUGCCUCAAGCCUUCAUGUCAAUGGAGAGGGUGAGACAGCUGUUAGCCAAGGCAUGAUGGGAAAAAUCAAACUGCCAAAAGUGGAAUUUUCCUCUCCUUAUCUGAGGGCCAAGGACGGUGACUACGAACAAAGCCUCCAACUGGUCAAAACAGAAAUGUCUGUGUCGAAAGAUGAUGCUGGGGCCAAGUCCAGUUCUGGCCCAUCUCCCAGGUCCUCUUCCCCCCGAGUGAAUGGAGAGGACGCCAAAGGCAAAGGCCUGAAAAUAACCUUCUCAGGCCUCCAAAAGAAAAUCCACGAAGGGGAUGGAGAGCCAGAUGGGUCAAAUCUGGUGACGUCAACUGCCAGGACUGAGCUGGUUCUGCUGGAAUCCAGUGGGGAUGCCAGGCACACCAAGACUAACAAGUCAAAAUCCAUAAUGAGCUUUACUUCAAGUAAAUCCAAGGGAAUGUACUCUGUUCAAGGCACUGCCUCAGGCCUCUCUGACUCGGGGAAUGUGUCCAAACUAAAGAGCACCACAGAUGGCCGUGGGGAGGAGAAAGAAGAGUCAGAAAUGAAGGAUAAGUCCACUAAAUUCAAACUCCCCAAGUUUUCCCUUGGCCCCAAGUCUAAAGGGGUAUUGGACGUCACCACCACAGAAUAUGAAAACAAUGUUAUGUCAGAACUACAGCUCGAGGAUGAUGAGUCCACAGAACGGCACUUUAAAUUCCAGAUGCCCAAAGUAGGCUUCACAACUGUCUACCAUGAGGAGCACAUUUCUGAGGAGAAGAUCUUUGAAGGAGAAGGUCCUGUCAUGAGGUUGAAGGGCAAAAAACAGAUGAAAAUUGGAACUCUGACUGAUAAGUCUACCAGUUUUUAACUGAAGGUCAGAAACAGCAAGGAACAAGUUCCUGAGUGGAACAGAGACUUGAGUGUUGUACAGAUUUCCCUCACUUUCAACAAAUUAACAGCGUUCUUGUGUUUCGGAGCAGACAGAUAAAGGUGACUAGACUAUAACUCGACACAAUACAGGCUACAGUCUCCCUGGACUAGCAAUGGUAGUUCAAACUGGACUGUCCAAUGCUGUAUGUUAUGAUAAGGCAACUUGUGAUCUUCUAAUGGAGGAAGUGCACAGAACACUACUGAUUUAAAAUUUUCCCUAUGACUAACACUCACCAACAGACUUUAUCACAUCCACUCACCCCUAAUCUUCUCUUGGUUCCUUCAAAGCAUUAUGCCUUGAUUGGUGAUUUUCCUCAAGUAUUGUGGUCUUACUAUAUUAAUUGUAGAUUAAAACCCAAGGACUUAGCUAGUUAUUAAAAGGUUUUUAUGGACAAUUGUUUCAUUUGGUCGUGAUUUAGGGUCUCUAGAAGGAUGCCAUUUAGUCAGUCUUCAGGCAGAAUGAAAGGGUGGCACGGUGGCUCAGAGCGCCAGGGACCCAGGUUCGAUUCCACCCUCACGGGUCUGUCUGUGUGGAGUUUGCACAUUCUUCCUGCGUCAGCGUG